AUGGAGUUUAUGCCGGGCUCGCCGAACGGGCAGAGGGGCUCGGUGCCGGUCUCGCCGACAGGGCGGCGGGUGGACUCCGUUUCUCCUGGAGGCCGGAAAGUAGAUCCACGGCCGUACUAUCAAUGGCUCUUCGAUCGCCGCCGAAGCGGCGAGUCCAGCCCAUUGGGCACACACUUCCCCCCGCAACCGUGGCCACCUUCGCCGUCGAUGGUCCGCACUGCUUCCGCCCCCGCAGACUUGCACAUGGGCCAGCCCAGUCCGACUGGAGUUGGGUCGGUCCUUCUCUCACCGCUCUCUGAUGCAGCUUCCUUCCUGGCGAAGGCUGCCGACCUGAGCUUGAAGCGGAAGGAUGUCGGCCACGCCCUGCAUUGCUGCAACCAGGCAGUCUCCCUGGGACCGGACUGUGGUCCUGCUUGGAGACAUCGAGCUUGUGCAAGAUUGCAAGCGGGUCAAGCAGAAGCGGCCGUCGAGGACGCCUCAGCGGCGGUGCAAGCAGAACCUCUGAAUGUGCACUCCUGGGAAACCCGAACCGCUGCAAAGUUUGGAAGCGGUGAUUAUGAUGGUGCUGUUGAGGAUGCAGCUCAUGCCAUUUCGCUUGAUGCUUGGCGGCCGAGUCUCUGGAGAAGGCGAGCCUUGGCCAGUGUGAUGCUGCAGGAGUAUGGGAAUGCCAAGGAGGACCUUGACAAGGCCUUGCACCUGGACCCAAAGCAUGCUGCCAGUUGGCGCAAUCGUGGGGCGGUGAGGCUGGCUAUGAGUGACGUUCCAGGUGCUGAGUCAGAUGCUUCACGCGCUGUGAAAUUGCAUCCAACAGUUGACAGCUACCUGCAGCGCGCCAAGAUUCGGUUGGAAGCAGGUCAGAAUGCAGAAGCGAUGCGGGAUUGCACCGCGGCGCUGCGAAGAGACAGACGCGAGGCUGAUGCAUGGUACUUGCGGGCGGUGGCCAGAAGCCGAACGGAUCCUGCCGGAGCAGUGUCCGACCUGAGCCAGGCAAUCUCUUGCGAUCCUCAAGAAGCCGAGGCUUGGAAGCUCCGUGCCGAGAUCCAGCUGCGCCGUGGCAAGUAUGAGGAGGUGGUUGCGGACAGCACCGAGGCAAUGCGGCUCAACGGCGCCUCUGCCGAGAUCUUGUGCCUGCGUGGUCAAGCUCAGUAUCGACGAGGAGCCUACCAAAGUGCUGCAGCAGAUUUCGAAGACGCCUUGCAAGAUGACCCAGCCAGUGAGACUGCAGCGAAACUCUUGGAGCGUGCAAAGGAGUCGCUGAAGAAGCUGGAAGCCUGGCAGUUGCCAGCCCUUGCAGGUGGCCUGCAUUCCUUCAUUGAAUCAGUGCAUACCGCGCAGCUGCUGUUGAAAGACUCGUCGCAAUAG